ACAGCAGCUUCUCUCUUAUACCUAGCACUCUCUGCGCCCAGAGGGAGAGACUUGUUAUAUAGGAGCACAACAGUCAUCUUGUCUCCCCUCACUCACCCCAUUCAACUCCGUCCUUUUCAUCAGUCGCCGUCAAGAAUCGCUUCUUCAUCUUCAUCUUGUACCGAAACAGAUCAAAGCAAUUGAAAAGAAGGAAGAAGAGAAAGAAAGAUAAAAUCAACUCCAAAAAAAUCAUCAUGGGGGCCAUUACAGCAGACGACAAGUUCCUCCUCCACCUCCCCAUGCCCCUCCCCAAAUCCUUCUUCACCGCCGUCGCAGAGCGCUUCCCCCAGCUGCGCAUCCACUAUGAAGUCGCCCCCGUCGUCAACCACCGCCUGAUGAACUCGGACGAGCUGCCCGACGAGGCCUGGGAGGGCGUCACCAUGCUGUGCGUGAUGCCGCCGCCCACCCCGGAGAGGAUGAAGAAUGUCAAGUUUGUCCAGCUGGCGUCUGCGGGCAGUGAUCUCUGGAUUGGGCACGAGGCGUAUACGAACAAGGAUAUAACCUUUUGCUGCACAAGCGGAGCUCAUUCAGUUCAAAUUGCUGAAUGGGCCAUUGGCGCAUGGCUCGCCCACGCACACAACUUCAGGACUUUCAUGGCUCAACAAGACGAGGAAGACUGGGAUAUGAAGUUAAGUCUCAGCGGCACAACCACCGACUCUCCUGGUCUUCGAAUGGGCAUCCUGGGAUACGGCACCAUCGGUCGACAAGUCGCCCGUCUCGCCCACGCCCUCGGCAUGGAAAUCUACGUUCAGACAUUCAGCCCCCGGCCCACCCCGGAGUCCAAGAAGCUCUCCGAAUACCACGUCCCCGGAACCAGCGACCCGGAUGGCCUCCUCCCUGCGAAAUGGUUCUCCGGCUCUGGCCCCGAAGCUGUCAACCACUUCCUCAGCCAGGACCUGGACGUCGUGCUUCUCAGCCUUCCCAUGAAUCCCCAGACCAAGGGAUGCAUCGGAGCCGAGCAGUUCAAGAUCCUCGGCAAGAAGAAGCCCUUUCUCAUCAACGUUGCGCGGGGCCCCAUCGUCAACACUCCUGCUCUAGUUGAAGCUCUGGAGACUGGCCUCCUGCGUGGAGCCGCUCUUGAUGUCACGGAUCCAGAGCCUUUGCCAAAGGGACACCCGCUAUGGAAGGCUCCAAAUGUCUUUAUCACGCCCCAUAUCAGUUGGCAGUCUUCACGCUUAACUGAGCGCAUAGCAGCCAUCAUCCUAGAGAAUCUGGAGAGGUGGGAUAAAGGGGAGCCUCUGCUCAAUCGAGUCAAACGAUAGACGGUCGAACUUCUCAAAGCGGUGAACUAGGAGAGUGCAAGAUAUUGUAAGCAGUUGUAACCAUAGCUUUUGCAAUUUAUAGCCGUGCAUAACGUAGAUAUAUACCAAAUGAAGCUAGCUUCCAGCCAAGCUAUCAAGCAAAAUUGCAUAAUUUAUAUUAAACAAUUACAA